CGCGUGCACGUUGGUCAGUUGCAUGUUUCACAAAGGAAGUGAAAGAAAAGCAGCUGAGGAAGUUGAUAAAAGAGGAAGCUGUGCUCUGUUGGACACAUAAAGGCGCGUAUGGAGGAUGCGCUGAAGGCCCGGAGCUAAGCCCCACACGAUCCGGCGAGGAACCCCCCCUUUGCGCACGGGACACUUCAUCCUGGUGGCCUAGUUUUGUGAGGAGACAAGUGUCCAACGGCCAAGAUGGCUGACGCUGUCAACGCACUGCCGUUCUUCUACGGCAACAUCGCCAGGGAGGAGGCGGAGGACUACCUUCGGCAGGCAGGCAUGAGCAACGGGCUGUACCUGUUACGGCAAAGCCGGAAUUACCUGGGAGGCUUUGCCCUUUCUGUCGCCAAUGCUAAGCACUGCUACCACUACACCAUCGAGAAAAAGCCCAACGAGACGUACGCCAUCGCUGGAGGCAAGAGCUACAGGAGCCCCGUGGACGUGAUUGACCACCACUCCCAGGAGACAGACGGCCUGGUGUGUCUCCUGAAGAAGCCCUGCAACCGACCCAAGAACAUGCAGCCCAAAGUUGGACCCUUUGAGGACCUGAAGGAGAAGCUGAUCCGAGAGUACGUGAAGCAGACCUGGAACCUAAGGGGGGCGGCCCUGGAGCAGGCCAUCAUCAGCCAGCGGCCACAGCUGGAGAAGCUCAUCGCCACCACGGCGCAUGAAAGCAUGCCCUGGUUCCACGGCGCCAUAAGCAGGGAGGAGUCUGCGGCCCGGCUGCAGAGCGGCUCCCGCAACAACGGAAAAUUCUUGAUUCGGCAGAGGAACGAGAACGGUUCCUACGCCCUGUGUCUGCUGCACGAAGGAGAGGUGAUCCACUAUCGCAUCGACAGGGACCGGAAGGACAAGCUCUCCAUCCCAGACGGAAAACAGUUUGACACUCUGUGGCAGCUGGUGGAGCAUUACUCCUACAAACCAGACGGACUGCUGCGAGUCCUCACCGAGCCCAGCCCACGACAGGACGGACAUGCCGGACUCAUAGGACGACCCUCGCUUCCAGCAAACCACCCAGCGCCAGGAAACUCGCUUCACCACGUGGCAGAUGGAAUUUUCUCAAUGAUCAAGGAUGCAGCUAGAAUUGGGAGGAAAAAGCCCAGUCGUGGAUCGCAACACAGCACCACAGACAGCUCAAACCCGUACGAAACCCGAGUUCCCGGAAAUCAAGCAGCCAGCAAAGAGGCCAUGCCCAUGGACACAGAGGUGUACGAGAGUCCUUAUGCAGAUCCAGACGAACUGAGAAGCUCCACAGUCGAUCGCAAGCAGCUCUUCCUGGAGGAUGGAGAACUGGGCUCAGGGAACUUCGGAACCGUCAUGAAAGGCAUCUACAAGAUGAGAAAAUCAGAGAAACCGGUUGCAGUAAAGAUCCUGAAAAACGAUGACAACAACCCGUCUGUGCGCGAGGAGAUGCUGCGAGAGGCCAGCGUCAUGCAGCAGCUGGACAACCCCUACAUCGUCCGGAUGAUCGGCAUCUGUGAGGCGGAGAACCUCAUGCUGGUCAUGGAGCUGGCUGAUCUGGGGCCGCUCAACAAGUUCCUGCAGAAGAACAAGCACGCUUCCACAAAGAACAUCACGGAGCUGGUGCACCAGGUGUCCAUGGGAAUGAAGUAUCUGGAAGAGCACAACUUUGUCCACAGAGACCUCGCUGCCCGAAACGUACUGUUGGUCACACAGCACUACGCCAAGAUCAGCGACUUCGGCCUGUCCAAAGCCAUCGCAGAAGAGCACAACUACUACAAGGCAAAGGGUCAUGGGAAGUGGCCUGUGAAGUGGUACGCGCCUGAAUGCAUCAACUACUUCAAGUUUUCCUCCAAAAGUGAUGUGUGGAGCUUUGGCGUGCUCAUGUGGGAGGCCUUCUCCUACGGCCAGAAACCAUACAAGGGAAUGAAAGGAAACGACGUCAUGCAGAUGCUGGAGGGUGGGAGGCGGAUGGAGGCUCCGGUGGGAUGUCCUCAGGAGAUGUACGAGAUGAUGCUGAGCUGCUGGACCUACAAGGUGGAUGAGCGGCCCAGCUUUGCCGUGGUUGAACCCCGACUGCGCGAGUAUUACUACGAUAUUUCGCACUGAGCCGUGGUGGGAGGACGGCUGUAUGUACACGCUUAAAGCGGGAAAUGAACGCUCUGGAUCGGCAUCAAACCGGUCCUUUUGGAGAGUCCCUUACCAAAGCACAUUUCUCUGCUCAUCAGUGAGGAAGGCGGCCGGUGCAGACAAAGAGGAAGAAAUGCACAAAUGACUCUGUGAAGAAGAGCUUCAAGAUUGCUAUCGUGAUGCAAACCGGACAUGAUUAACGACUUCUCCUUCUAUGUUGAAUGCAGACAGGAUGAAAUGUAUGAGUGCUUGCUGAGAGUAAAGCUGUGGCGCAGACUGAACAUCA